AAGUAAUGAUGGGUGAUCCAAGUGGUUUGCUUUGGAUAGAUAACCAUAACAUAAAAUAACAAGCCCAGCUCCUCUUUUCCCUUCUUCAUCCUGUGGUGGUCAGGGUUUCUUCAUACCAAAAAACAAAAAACCUAAAAACUUUUUCAACGUAGAAGACGAUACAGCUUCCAUAAUAACCUCAUUCAUACACCAUACUUCACCUCAAUCUUCUUCUAUCUACUUCUUAUCUAUCUCUUUUUCACACAUAUCUUCAUCUUAAUCUUAUUGAAAUCACCAAUGGAUCCGUUUUAUAUGGUUUCUUCAAUCAUCGAGCAACGAAAAGGGUUUGGGUAAAAGAAUCAGCAACUUGCAGGUUCACCUUUUGAAGUGUUAUUAUAUACUUUUUUAGAUUCAUGUUAGUUUUUUGAGCUUGAAGAAGAAUGAGCUUAUCCAAUAACGUGUCUUCCGCCAUUGACAAAAAGCUUAGCUCGACAGGAAAAACAAUACGUUUAAAUCCAGAUGCAGCGGAGUUUGUUCCAUUCGCUUUAAGAUCACCUUCCGCAGCUGUCGGUGCUUCAGAUGCAUCCUCAAGUUUCGGUAAUUUCGGUACCACAACACUAGGGAAAACAGUAGUAGACAGAUCAGAGUCGUCUGUGUCAAAUGUUUCAGAGGAUGAGGUGCAUCGAUACUGGCAGAACCAGCUUCCUGAUGACAUCACGCCCGACUUUAAUGUAACAGGAGAUGAAGAUUCUCAAGGAAUCAAUGCACUUCCUUUUUCAGCGUUAUCUUUAGCAGAUGUUAAUGAAUCGUCACGGUUCACCGACAGGUUUCAAAAGGAGUUAUCUCCUCGUCAAACAAACGGAAGCAGCUUUUCUAAGAAGAUGGGAUUUCCCGUUUCGUUAUAUGACGAAAAUCCGCUCUCUAGUUUUCAACAACAAGGGCCUGCUAAACCCUGGGAUAUUCAGGGUGAUCAGCUGCUAAACGGUAUACAAGAGGGGCCUUCAUACAAUGGUGGUGAUCAUGGGCAUGGUUACAUUGAUGGCAUGUUUGAUGAGCAACAGAUGGACGGUGCAGAAGUAAAUCCGCUUGAAUUUCUGGCUUCACAGUUUCCGGGUUUUGCAGCUGAAAGUCUUGCAGAUGUUUAUUUUGCAAAUGGAGGAGACUUGAAUUUGACAAUUGAGAUGCUGACUCAGCUUGAGCUUCAAGUAGACGGUGGUUUUAAUCAGAAUCUGAACCCCAAAGUUUUAUCGGCUCCAAAUCUUAGUGCUCUUGAUUUCCCUGCACUCUCUCCUGCAGAUGGUCAAAACGGUGAUGAUCAUCAACAGCGUAUCGAUCCGUACCGUCCAUUGGAAAAGGAGAUCUUGCUCAUGUUUAAGUCUUCCUCCACCGCACCACCAUCUGGUGGUGCUACUGAUUUUGCUUCUGCUGUUAGAAAAAUGGCGUCACAGGACUCGAGCAUAUGGAAAUAUAAUAGAGACCAUAAUCAAGAUACCACCGUUGGAUCAAGUAGAAGUUCUCACGUUUUGGCCAGCUCUUAUAACAGUGGUCAUGGAAGGAUGAGUUAUGGAGAUCGGUUAACUAACCGGAGUUCAAACCGUUCAGCACCUGUCUGGCUUGAAACAGGAGAUGCUGUCGCAAAUAUGUACUCUGAGAUGCGUGGUGAAGCUCGUGAUCAUGCACGUCUGCGCAAUGCAUACUUUGAACAGGCACGACAGGCAUACCUUGUUGGAAGCAAGGCUUUAGCAAAGGAACUAAGUGUAAAGGGGCAACUGCACAACAUGCAAAUGAAAGCUGCUCAUGGAAAAGCUCAAGAAUCUAUAUAUCGUCAGAGGAACCCAGUUAGCCCAAGUAUGCAGGGCAAUGGAAGAGCAGGACAGGAAAAGUUGAUAGACCUCCACGGGCUACAUGUGACUGAAGCAAUUCAUGUCCUGAAACGGGAUCUCGCAAUGCUGAGGAGCGUUGCCAGGUCAGCAGAUCAGCAUCUACAGGUGUACAUAUGUGUUGGAACAGGCCACCACACGAGAGGGACCCGCACUCCAGCUAGACUCCCUGUUGCUGUUCAGAGAUACCUGCUGGAGGAAGAAGGCCUGGACUACUCUGAGCCCCAGCCUGGGCUCCUUCGAGUUCGGUUAUAUUGAAAAAAAAAUCAAAUCAAAUCAAAUCAAAGAAGCAGGUAUAGGAGCUCUUUUUGACAGAAUAAAAUACAAAAAGAAGAAAAAGGUUAACCACUUGAAAAUCAAAUAUUAAAAUUUAUGCGUUUGUAAAUGGGAUGAGUCGGAUGACGGGAGAUUAGUCAGUCGGUAGUCUGGAGAAAAUGAAAAAAUGUAUCUGUGUAUCAUUAAGGUGUAACCAUCCAACAACAGAAUUACUUUGGUAGGGAUGAUUUGUUUUUUUUUUUUUUUUGUUAAAUGUAUCUUAAGUUUAUUUUUUACACAGUUUGCAGGUGUAAUGUAGGAUUGUUUUGAAUGAUAGUUGCAAAGUUGAGUAAUUGAA